AUGGCUCAACCAAAAAGUAAAUCAGCAGAAGAAUGGAUAGAACUAGGUGAUACAGAUUUUAGGAAUCGAGAAUAUCAACAGGCAAUUUCCAAAUAUACAAAUGCUCUGGAGGUGGAUAGAGAAAACAAGAGAGCACUUUUAAAGAGGGCUGAAACUUACCAGUUAAUGAAAAAGUUUAUCUUUGCUCUUUCCGAUGUUGAUGCUUUGAUUCGUAUUCAACCUGAUCAUACCCAAGCAUUGUCCAUGAAAGGACAAUUGGCUUUAUCACUUGGUUUAUUUGAUGAUGCAAUUUCUGCACUGGAAUCUCUUAUUUCGUUGAAACCAAGCAAUGAAUCAACAGAAAAGUUGAGAAAGGCAAAACUCGGAAAAUCAUUGUAUCAGGGACUUAUCAAAAAUACUGACGGUGACACUAUUGACGCAAAGCUGGGGCUUGACAAUGACAAUAGUGGACCAGUCGCAAAAGCUUGCAUUCAAACAAUUACAAAAUUAAUUUCCGAGGAAGUAGGAGCCAGAGAAAGCUUAAAUUUAUUGAUUCAACGUGCUCAUUGUGCAUUGCGAGCAAAAUUAUUCCCUAUUUUAACUCAAGAUAUUAAGACUAUUUAUGCGAAGGAAAGCUCAAAUGUAGAGGCUACCAUUCUUUACACCAAAUAUUUAUACCUGUUAGGAGACAUCUCCAAUGCUAAAAACACAAUCAAAAAUAAGUGUCUACGAGUAGAUCCUGAACACAAAGCAUGUAAAGAGUUGUUCAAGCUUCUCAAACAAGCAGAAAGCCUUCAUGAAAAAGCAACUUCCGAUUUUGCAAGCGGACAUCAUUUACAAGCUGUGAAGAGCUUUAAGGCAUAUAUUGAUCUUAUGGAAGACAAGGACUCCAAGAACAUUUUACCUGGUGUCGAUUUAACUGAUACAAAAGCCAAAUUGUGUGAAUCAUACAGUGAAGCACAGGAUCAUACCAUCGCUGAUGACGGUAUUAAAUAUUGUACCACUCUUAUCGACUCUCUUGGUGACGAAAACUCAGAAUAUAAGAUGGCGUGCCUCAUUUCAAGAGCACAACUCCAUGUCUUGCAGGAAGACUUCGACAAGGCAAAGAGUGACGCAAACCGAGUCAGAGAAUCUGAACAUGCUAACAAACAUCAGCAAAAGAUCCAACAAAUUUUAGGUAGAGUUCAACAACAAGAGCGAAUUAAUUCCCAAAAAGAUUACUACAAGGCUCUUGGAUUUGAUAGAAAGAAGAAGAAUGAAGUGUCCCAAGACGACAUUCGUAAAUCAUACAGAAAGCUUGUCAAAUUAUAUCAUCCUGACAAGCACAAAACACCACAAGAAAAGGAAAAGGCUGCUAAAAAGUAUAAAGAAGUUACAGAGGCCUAUGAAGUUCUGAGCGAUGAAACCAAGCGUAGACAAUACGAUGCAGGUGAAUUUGACACUCAACAUGGUCACGGUGAUCAAGGCGGUGGAUUCCAUCAUGGUCACCCAUUCAGUUCCUUCUUCCAAGAAGGUGGAUUCCCAGGUGGUGGUGGCUUUAGAUUCCAUUUUGGAUAG